GCGCGUGUGUGUGCCUGCGUGCGUGUGUGUGUGUCACAGUUGGGGUGUUACCUUGACGACUGAGAGCCCUGUCAUCAGAGUUCCUCCCAUCCUCGCUGACAGAUAGACAGCAGGAAAAGAAACCAUCCAACCCCCACUAUCACCAUCUCCAACCCGAAGACACAGACAUGCACAGACACAGGUGCUGCUGGCCACCUGCCAAGAUGACCUACUUAGUGCUGGUAUGGACAACUGUCACAUGUCUCUGCUGGACAUCAGGUUCUGCUCAGGUCCCUGUCCGUUACCCCAAGAUCCACGACAGCGAGGCGCUGGCCUGUGGGUGUCACAAGACCUCCUGCGAUCUUUUCCUGUGGUUCCGCAGCCUGGAGAAUGGAAGCAAGCUGCAGUUCCUGGUGAGCGUGAACAACGCUGACCGCGAUUACACCAACCCAGGCUUGGACAAGAGCCGCUUCAUCGUCAGGAUGAACGCCGGCAAGUCGACGCUGCGCAUCGCCAACUUGAAGCGGGAGGACAGCGGCGUGUACUCCUGUGUGUCGAAGAACAAGGAGACGGAGGGCAUCGGGGCUCCGGGGGUCCUUCUGCUGCCUGGGGUGACCCCUCCAGAACCCACGCCUCAACCCACAUCUAAGCCGCUCUGCAGGUGCCCGGAGAAGAGCUAUAAACCGCACCCAAAGGGCUGUGACUCCGAUGCCUUGUGGCCAUCGGUGGGCAUCCUGGCGGGCUUGGCCCUGGCGCUUCUCGCCACACUGUACUACUUCAGCCGGUUACCCAAGAAAUGCCGCCACCACUUUGUAAAGAAAGAUAGAAGAUGAGACUAAACUAAACCAAUCGAUCUAAAGCUCACAUCAUACCGUGUUGGUUUUGUACCCCAUGUAUAGAAUUCAUGCCCCCCAUGGUUUUUGAAUGAUGCUAAUGCCACGGCUGUGCUAAGUGAGUGCUUAUUAGAGACUUGCACCAACUUUGAAAAGUACCACUGAGGUUGAUGUGACUGAAGUUAUUUCUGUAUGUAAAUAGAAUGUCUUGUAAGUACAAUGAAUGUUCCUCUUUUGUAUUGACACAUUUAUUAAAAUGUUUAAAAUCACAAUUUGAA